AUGAAUGUGAGCAAUGUGGAAAGACAUUCAAACAGAGCUCUAGUCUUGUUAUACACCAGAGAAUCCACACUGGGGAGAAACCUUAUGAAUGUACACAAUGUGGAAAGGCAUUCACACAGAGGGCCCAUCUUGCUCAGCAUCAGAGAAUGCACAUUGGAGAGAAACCUUAUGAAUGUGAACAAUGUAGAAAGACAUUCACAAAUAACUCCAGUCUCACUAUACACCAGAGAAUACACACUGGAGAGAAACCUUAUGAAUGCAAUCAAUGUGGAAAGACAUUCAGAUACAGCUCCAAUCGUGCUCUACAUCAGAGAAUCCAUACUGGGGAGAGACCUUAUGAAUGUAAGCAAUGUAGAAAGACAUUCAGACACAGUUCCAGUCUUGCUGUACAUCAGAGAAUCCACACUGGGGAAAAACCUUAUGAAUGCAAGCAAUGUGGAAAGACAUUUAAACAGAGACCCCAUCUUGCUGAACAUCAGAGAAUGCACACUGAAGAGAAACCUUAUGAAUGUGAGCAAUGUGGAAAGACAUUCAAAGGAAGGUCCAAUCUUGCUAUACAUCAGAGAAUCCACACUGGGGAAAAACCUUAUGAAUGUAAGCAAUGUGGAAAGACAUUCACACAGAGCUCCCAUCUUGUUGAACAUCAGAAAAUCCACACUGAAGAGAGACCUUAUGCAUGCAAACAAUGUGGAAAGACAUUCAAACAGAGGCUCCGUCUUGCUGAACAUCAGAGAAUGCACACUGAGGAGAGACCUUAUGAAUGUGAGCAAUGUGGAAAGACAUUCAAAGGAAGGUCCAAUCUUCGUAUACAUCAGAGAAUCCACACUGGGGAAAAACCUUAUGAAUGCAAGCAAUGUGGAAAGACAUUCACACAGAGAUCCCAUCUUGCUUUGCAUCAGAGAAUCCACACUGGGGAGAAACCUUAUGAAUGCAAUCAGUGUGGAAAGACAUUCACACACAGUUCCAGUCUUGCUGUACAUCAGAGAAUUCACACUGGGGAGAAACCUUAUGAAUGCAAUCAGUGUGGAAAGACAUUCACAUACAGUUCCAGUCUUGCUGUACAUC